UCUCAGCUGCCAGCAUUAUGACAUGUGACCUACCUGAGCUCGACAGGACAGGUAGGUUCACAUAGUUUCGCUCAGUUGAAUGUCUAAGGAGGCGCGAUCGAGACUCAAACGCACCUGUUGCGCGACGCAAACGAGGCGCUGCGUUCAUUUUAAUAACAAGUUUGGUGAGAGCUUUCUUUCUUCCACACGUUUCCCGUAAGCCAAUUUGGAAACCUCACAGCAUACAUGGAUGGCGAUUCGCUGUUUGGUGUCUCAGGUCUGAUUAUGGAGAAUGGGAUCAGCAGCACCUCCUGGAAUCCUUUUUAUUCAAACCCACAGAGUGCAGUGAAUGCAGAUCGAGAUGCUAUUAACACAAUCAGAGAAAACCAUGCUUUUCAGGACUACGGUGUGAAAACGGUUGGCGAGGAGAACAAUGUGUUACCGAACGUAAAGAGUUUAACCAAAAGCAACGGCAUUCAUCAGACGCCUGAGUUUCCAGACGAUCCUUUCCCAGCUCCAGACUGGGUUUUGUUUCCUACACCUGAGUUUUAUAAAGACGACACACCGAAUGGGUUUCAAACCUCAUCAGCAUCAGGCGUUUGGGGUGAAGAGACGGACAUUUUCCAGCCUUUUAAAGAGAAAGCAGACCCUGACGUGACACGCAGCAGCUCAGCCAAUCAGAACUCAGAAUCCUGCCUUCCGGCCAAUCAGAGAGACCCUCUCCUGGAUUUCGUCCUAUCCAGACAGAAGAAAUUCCAAGCCACGCCCUCCCCAGCUUCAUCAUCCGAUCCUUCCAACGUUUUCCAAGAAACAUCCACUAAAACGAACGGUUUCUUCGAGACUUCUUCACUAUCCACAUCCUCUCUGUUCGUCUCUAAUUCCAGCCCAGCAUCUGAUGAUAUCUUCAAGACGUUCUCGUCCACCGCAGGAGCCACAAUCUCCGACAUCGAGGCAUUUGAUCCUCUGUUUAACCCUCAGAAUGAAGUUCAGUCCAAACAGAAGAGCAAUGAUCUACUGUUCACCCGUCAAGAUACAAAACACGACAUUGGUAUUUCCCAUGAUGCUUUGCAAAAUGGAGUCGUUCAAGAGACAACACCGUCCACAAACAUCUCAAAUGAAGACCUGAUGUUCAGGAGGCGUCCGCCCAAAGCUGCUCCUCGCAGUAAAGCCCUGAGGAGCCUCCACCAGCCUGCUGCUCUCUCUCAGAUCACGCCGACUGAGACCGAGAGCGAUCUGCAGGUGUAUGAGGACGUUCUUCUCAUCGGUCAGGAAAGGUGUGUGGAGGACUGGCCUGAACACAGUCCAGAACUCUCUUCAGAAUGGAAACCUGCUGGGAAGAUCAGGCUUCGGAGAGACUCUAUGCGGAUUGCAGACGCGUCUAAUGGAGGCGGUGAUGGGACGGUGAAGAAGAACGGGAAGCAGACUCUGGGAAGGAAGCUCAGACACUCGCUGCUGAUCAGGAGGAGCUCGAAGGAUAAAAUUGGAGAUGAGGUGAAGAGCUCAGAGACGAACACAAACUCACUGAAUCGAGCCUCAAAGCUCUUUGACGGCACGGAUGAGUUUUUCGCUCCAGAAGAAGAUGAAGAACACAAUGAAGCUGCCGAGUAUAAACCCAAGAAGUCAAAACCCAAAUUUAUUACACACCGCAGAGGCUCUAAGGUGAAAUCUGCUGAAGCUUCCGCUAAAGUCCCUCCAGACUAUAAGGAUGAUUUAACGUCCUCAUGGAAACAUGCAGAUCUCAUGGCUUUGGGAGAGAAGAAAGCUGAAGAUGUGGACUGCAAACCGAAGCAGAAAUUCAAGCCUCCUGUGCCACGCCGACCAUCAAAGGAUAUGUCUGCAGUUGGUCUGAAAUCGAUGAAUGGUCCUCCUCUGAUGGAGGCAAAGUCCUUCUCCAAAGAUCCCUUUUUGGAAGGAGAUGUGGAUCUUGGCGCUGCGGUCCAUGACAGUCAUCAGAUCACAGACCUCGACACACAUCUGGAUGAUGAUGAGAGAAACACGGAGGAGACUGAUGGACAGCAGAAACCGAGAAAGAAAGUGCGAGUUAAGUUUGUUCCUCACAGAGGGUUUGUUAUCGGUUUAUCCAGGGACAGUGAUGACUCUGAGCUGAAGAGAGCUUGUGGAUUCACUCCUCAUCCAGAUCUGAAGGAUGAUGAGGGGUUUGAUGAUCUGAAGGGAGCAUUUGGUUACAAAGCUCACGAGAUGAAGGAAGACGCAAUACUCACAACUGAAGCUGGACGGAGUUAUUCACCCAACAACAUUCAGAGUUCAUAUUCUAACGGCUUUAUGGGUCCUCCUUCAUGGGAUUCAAAGGCGUCUGAUCUGGAGACGGAUCUCCAUAAAGCCUCGGAUCUCUUCACACCGUCGGACAGCUAUGAGAAUCAUCUGGAGAUGACAGACUGUCGGCCGAAGAAAUCAUCGAAGUUUAAAGUCCCUCGCAUUCAUCGCAGACAUUCAAAGAGUAUUGAAGACCCUGAGAUCAAGCCGAGCAAAGAUCAAGACGCUUCAGAGAUGAAUAAGCCUCCUCUUCUUAAAGUGCCGCCGCUGUCCCAUCGAGACUCAAAGAGCUUUGAAGAUGACGAGUUCCCUCAGAAGGGUGCAGAUCUGUUCAAGGCGGGAGACGUGGAGCUUGCGGAGGACGCCAGCUGGGAGGAAUACACGCCGGAUAAUAAACCACAGAAGCCUAAAGAGACUGACACACAUCACAGAGGGUCAAAGACUAAAGACAUGAAGGAGUUUCCUGAAGAGUUUCUGGAUCCUCCAGGAGCCACGUCUGGAGACUUUUACCUGUCUGAUGCUGCUAAGGCUGAGUGGAUGUCGGCUCAGAUGGACAUGAGACGACUGACAGUUCAAGAGGAAGAGCAACAGCAGGAGGAAGAGGAUGAUGAAGGGGACACUGACAGUCUGAUGGAGUGGUGGAAUACAGUGGAGUUUUGGGAUGAAAUGCCUGCUAAUGAGACGAUCAGCUCUAAAGAAGAAGAGACCAUAUCGUUUAAAGCGGUUGCUGAUAAGGUCCACCGCGGUCUCCGUGUGUAUCUGAAGCUCUUCAUGGAGCGCGCCGAGCUCCUCUACCAGCACGUGCUGAUCUUAUACGGCAUCGCCGACGACCUCAGCAACUUCCACCACCGUGCUAAAAUCGCAAACAUCACGGGAGGAACGACCAGCGCGGUGGGAGGAGCCGCGGCCAUCGCUGGGCUGGCGCUGGUUCCCGUCACGUUUGGAGUGUCCAUCAUCAUCUCGGCCAUCGGGCUGGGCGUCGCUACAGCGGGCGGCAUCACGGCCGCCUCCGCCUCCAUCUCAGACACCAUCAACAACAUGCACGACCGUAAGAAGAUUGAACUCAUCAUUAUGGACUACGAGGCCCAGCUUGUGGAAAUGCAACGCUGUUUGCAAUUCAUCAUUGAAGGUCUUUGUCGAUUGCGCUCUCAUCCACUGCUGCGACGGAACAACUACUACACCGGUGACUGGGAGGUACGACGGGCCCUCCAAACCAUCAGCUUAGUCAGUGACCCGGUAGAUCGAGCCGAAGAAAUAAUUAACCACACGCUGGCCAAGUUAGCCAGUCUUCAGAAAGGAAUAGACAAGUACUUCACUAAAGACUCGAAAGAGGUGAAGAAGGGCUGUAAGAAGGAGGUGACGGCUGAAGUGCGGACCCUGGCCAAACAGCUGCACGAAGGUUUAGCGGAGCUCAACUCCAUCAGAGAACAACUGCUCGACGCAAGUGGAAACAUCUAGUAAAUGUCAAAGUCUUGGUUGCAGCUGUCUACGCUCCCGUUGGUUGUUGCUGCAAAGCUUUGCUGCUUAUUUGCAUAAAACGGAAUGGCGAUUCUCAACAAGUUCCACCUCUCAGUGAGAUUAAAUGAAGUCCAGAAAGAAAUCCAUUCAGCACGCGUCAAUGAUCUACAAGAUUCCUCCACAUAAAUAUUUUAAGAGACUAGUAAAAAUGUAAGCGUGACGUUUUCCAGUUUGAACCUCAGUUUCCAUCAUGAUUGGUGUACGACCUGAGAACAGUCUAGAACAGCCUGUUUUUAUGUAACACAGCGCGGCAUCAUUCACUUCCAGGUAUUUUUAACUGUACAACCCUGCUAAAAAAAAACAAUAGAAGCCCAAUAGAAAACAUCACAGAAAUUCCAGUAGUUUCCAUUAAAAUACCAUUAUGAACCAUUAGCUUUUUCCAGUAAAACCAUUACAAAAUUCCUUUUUCCAAUAGGAUUUAACAUCCCACCAAUAGAAUCCAUCACAUACCAGUAGAGACCAUUAUAGUUUCCAUCAAAACCAAUACAAUUCCCAUUAUAACCAUUGUGUUUUGGGCAGAGUUCUGUUGUUUUUUUUUUCCAGCAGGGAAAACAACUGGUGAUGUUGCUUCAUAUUGCAAACUAGCACUUCUUAUAUUUUAAAUCACUAUGGUAUUCAUAAACUUCUCCACUUUGUUACUUUUGUAGUAUUUUACAGAUGAAUCGGAAGUCUAGCACGUUCAGAUUCAAAAUUCAUUCACGUUGCAAAAUAAGGAUAUGUUGUCAAAAAUUACACCACUAUGUAUUUGUAUUGUACAACUGUACAGCUGUGGUCACAGUUUGUGGUUAAACUCUAGUUUUUGUUCACAAUCGUGUUCUGCAUAUAUGCCACAGACGGAUUACUUAUAGCCUAUGUCCUAAGAGAUUUUACGCUUUUGAAGAAGUGAUGUGUUUUAAUGUAACUCUUGUUAUAUGCUCUUGUUUUGCACAUUAACAACCCUAAAGCUGUUCAACCCAUCUUCAUUGCUGUAGGC